UUACCACAUAGAGAUUUUAUCAGAGAAAAACGAACGAAAAUUAUAAUCGGUUCCUGCUUUACAUUCCAACAUAUGGCUUUUUUAACAGGAGGAAAAUCAUAUAGAAAAUGAAACGGAAAAUGAAACACCCGAAGUUGCCGUCCCAUCAUGACAGGAGGGCGCAUGGAGCAAUUACAUCAAAAUUCCGCUAUUUUUUCUGUCGCAUGUUUUUCUCUUUAAACCAAUCAAUAUAAAUUGCGUUAAAUCAAGUCUCUUUUGGGGUGUCCUACCGCAAUGGAAAGAAGUGAAAUCUUAUUGAAACCAGGACAACAGAUCAAACCUUAUGUUCCAAAUGAAGUUAUACAAGACUUGCUUUUGAAAUUGUACAACCUUCAAGUGAUCUCUGUUGAAGAACUCAAUAGCUAUGACGACAGGAAUUUUCACAUAAUGGUAAAAGAACAUAAUUGUCUACCUGAUACAGAAGAUGUGUGCCUUGAUGGGUAUGUUUUGAAAAUAACGAAUUCCCUUGAUUCAAAAGCAUGUAAUUUGAUUGAUGCUCAACACAAAAUGAUGGUUUAUUUAGACAAAAAUGGUUUACCUUGCCCAAAACCAAUAAAAAAUAUUGAAGGGAAAUUCAUGUCUCUAGAACAGUUGGAGAAUCCUGCAAAGAGUCUCUUUCUUGAAAACAAUGCUUUUUAUGGAAACCACGUUACAGGCAAGCACAUUGUGCGUCUAUUGUCAUUUCUCCCUGGGAAUAUCUUGUAUAGUGUACCCUACACAAAGGAUCUUCUUCUUCAGGUCGGAGAGCUUGUUGCCAAAACUGACCUAGCUUUGAUGGGAUUUGUACAUGAUGGUCUCAAAGGAGUUGACAGGAUAUGGAAUUUGAGUGCAGUUCCUAAGCUAUGUGAUUUUAUUUAUGUGAUAAAAGAUGACCAUAAACAUGAAUUAGCAAUGGAAGUCAUCGAUAAUUUCAAAUCCCAUGUUCUCCCACAUCUUCAAAAGCUCAAAUCUGGUCCUAUUCAUGGGGAUUUCAAUGAACAGAACAUCUUAGUGAAACCAGAUGAAAAUCAACCUGGCAAAUAUGUGAUAUCUGGUAUUCUGGAUUUUGGAGAUGUCCAUUUCAACUAUUACGUAUUUGAAAUAGCCAUCGCUAUUUGCUACAUGAUGAUAGAGUGCAAAACAAUGGAUAUGCUUGACGCGCCUGGUCACGUCUUGGCAGGUUACAAUCGUUUGCGAGCGAUUCCUGACGAAGAAUUUGUUUUAUUAAAGGAUUGCAUUUCCGCAAGAUUUUGCCAAUCACUUGUAUUGGGUGCCUACUCUUUUUCUCAAAAUCCCGACCCAUACUUGUUGAUUACAUCACAGAACGGUUGGCAGUGUCUUAAAGCCCUUUGGGAAUAUCCAAAAGAUGAACUAUACAAACGAUGGCGAUUGAUCAUAGAAGACUACAAUAAGUGUUUAUGAAAAAUAUUAAAUAAAUAAGCGUACUAUUUUUUCAUUCUUUGGGAGGAAAAUGACUAAAUAUACAGCAACGUUUUUAUUUC